UUCCCCAGUUCCUAUUCAGUGCCGUGGCAACGAUGGAAAUCCUUGUGGAUCAUUCCUUGGGAAUCCCCACCGAUGCCAUCCUUUCGGUGCGAUGUGGUGGAACUCGACGACAAGCACCGAUGGAGACCAUCUGUAAUCAUCCACUGAAGUUCCCACAAGGACUAGGGGAGGUGGGUGAGCCGUUGAAGAUUGAUCUUCUGCAGCCCUUGGCCUCAGCCCGGCUGGUGCUGCAUCCCUAUGAGGACCUCUACAGCAUCUCUUUCCAGGAAAAAGGUGGUAUGCUACUAGGGAUGAAGAUGUCCCCAUCCAGUGCGCUGAGCGCCGCGCAAGCGGAUGCGGAACAGGCGGCGGCCGAGAGUCAAGGCAAAGAUGCGGCCAACUCGGCGAAGGAUUACUUAGAGCAGCAUGGCCUUUUGAAGUAUGUGCAAAGCUUGUUGCAUGCAGUGAUCCAAGCGAAGCCUACGGACCCCUAUGCCUAUAUGAUCGAGCAGUUGAGUGCUGCUCAAAGCAAGAGACCCACCUUGGCCGACAUCGUCUCGCGGCCGGGCAGCGCUGUGGGUGCCCGGCGGCCGCAGGACGCCGCCGUGGCGCCGCCGCCGCCGCCGCCGCUGCCGCCGAAGACACAGCCACCGGCCGAACAGGUGCGGCCCGUUCCUCCGGGCGGACCACCACCCAGCAGCUCGCCGCCGGGCCGUCCCAGACCACCUGAGCGGGAGCUGGUGCACGUGGAUCCAGCCCCGCGGCCCCCGGAGCCCCCAUUUGCCAUCCCGCCACCCAUGGAGACAGUCACCAAGCCAGUAGUGGGCAUUGGACCAAGUGUCAUGGAUGUUGAGCCAGCACCUUCGGUGGAUUUGAUGGACAAGGAGAUGCCAGAUGACAGCUUGGAACAUGUUAGGUUGCAGCUUAAGGGACGACUGGAGGAGGCUUUCCGAUCUGGGACUUUAGAGGAGGCAGUGCGGAAAGCCAUCGACCCAGAGGCGGAGAUGGACAAGCCUCCAAUGCCAGAGGAAAGCCUAGAUCUGCCAGGGGUUGAAGGACCUGAUGAGGAGAUCUGCGGGUUGAAGAUGCAACUCAGGAUGUUGCUGACUGAUGCAGUGGAGACCAAAGGUUUGCAGAAAACCCUGGCUUCGGAGCCCCUGAACUUCGCAGAGCCGGAUCCAAAGCUAAGUCGAGAGCUUGAAGCGCAGGAGAGCUUGUAUCAUCUCAAGCAGGACAUGCGAACCAGAUUAGAAGGUGCCUGCGAGACGGGUGAACUAACCAAGCUUCUACCUCCAGGUCCGGUUGCGAACGUUGCGAACGCGCCCAUGGAGAUGGAAGACAUCAAGGACAAGAUGCGUCAACUGCUACAGAACUCCGUUUCGACAGGUAGCUUGGAGCAAAGCCUCGAGAAGAUCAAGGCGAAUCCCCCUCAGAAGGGGUGCUUCAGUGCGGAGCCUUCGGCGGAACCGCCAGCGCCGGCGCCACUGGAGGCAUCGCGCUUCGCAACUGCGCCGGCGAGCUGCGAAAAGGUGGAGGAGACCCAGACGAAAGCGGCAGUUGCAAUGCCAGCGCGCGUCAGAGAUGAAAGUUAUGCAGGUUUGAUCCUCCAAGCGUCAGGCCAAUGGUUUUUGAACGGCCAGCUGGGCCGCUACGACUUUGAUGAUUCCACUGGCUGGCUCUCCCUGGGUGAUGUUCCGGUGGGACGUUUCCUCUGCAAACGCAUGCAAGAGACCCCCUUGCGCUUCCCACCUGAGAACCACUUCUCCAAACUCAGAGGGAAUUUGGGGAUCGUUUCCUCCGAGAUCAUGGCGGAAAUACAUAAGAAAUCGAACCGUGGAGCUUUGUUUGUGAUCCCUUCCCAAUUCAAUGCUGCGGAGUAUCCGUACCACACGGAUGUGGUCUUCCAUGUAGAGGAUUACAAGCACGAGAAUGGCAGCGGUCCUCGAGGUCAACUGGCCGUUCACCCAGCUGUUGCGCAAUUCCUGUUGGACAAUGCAGCUGGGCGGAGCAUCUCAUCGCCUGCCGCCAAUGUGAAGCGCGAGGGUGGGAUCAACGCACUGGACGAGGUGCUUCGGAAGGUGCCAGGCCUGGAAAUGGUCAAUGGCUACCUCCGAGUCGAAGAUUUAAAGAGCAGUAAAGCUCAGGAAGAGACGCUGAGGAGCGUCCACUGGUCAUGGAUGAGAUCUCCGUCCAGGGUGGUCUUACGGCGGACCAGAGGGACUUCAGCAGAUGCGAACACAAAGUGGGCUUCGAACCGCGACGGAGAUUCGGAGUAUCAAAUGAAGGUGGCCGAGCUUUUGCUUGUCGCCCAGUACUAUGGCGCCCUGAAAUACGCGGCGGAGUCCAUGCGGGAUUCGGGGCGUUCAGGGCGCCCUGCAAGCCCAGGGAGACGUACGCGGAAGGUGUAUCUGAUGCCACUGGGCACAGGUGUUUUCCACAACAGUUGGGAGAUGAUCGCCAAGAGUAUGGCCAAAGCAGUCCAGAUGCUCGACAGCGAGAUGAUUUCCCAGCUGGAUAUUUCAGCCUUGGCUCGGCAGGGCAAUCCCUCUGAAGAGCUGAAUCUGCAGGAGACCUUUUAUAGACUCAACAAGAAUUCCGCUGACGACAGCGUGGAAUCCACGAAAGUCAUGCUCCGGGAGAUGCUGGAGAGUGCCGCUGAGACUUGGCGCUGGUUUAGACUGGUUGCUCAACGCAAGCUCACUGAGAGUCUUCGGUUUGUCUUAAACGAUCUCCUAGAACGAAGGGGCGACCCUUUGCAAGAGGAGAAUGGGAAGCUGCAAGCCACCAUGCGGUCAAGUCAUUUAACGUGGAAGGCCAUCAGCUCUGGGGCAUGCUGGGACGCCGGCAACACGAUCUCGUCAGGUGCCGAAGGCGGCCUCCUGGACCCUGGAGCGAGAGAGGCCGUCCUCUGGGCCCUCCGGCUGGUCAUCCGGGGCCAUGGGCGGGUCAUGGGCCGCGACCUGAGGUGCGACAACUUUGGACCCUGGGGUGCACCGCCGUUUCCUGAUGGGCAUCCAGGUCACUGGGGGCCCCGCGAUGGAGGCUGCGGAGCACCCUGGUUUGACGGACCACCGCCCAGAGGUCCCAUGGGCUCCGGCUUUAGCCACGGCCCCGACUGGCGGCCGCCUUUCCACAGUCACGGUCCGCCACACGGUCCGCCCGGCCCAGCGUACCCGGGAGCAGGACCCCCUGGAGCCUGGGCUCAAGGUGCGCACCCGUCCUUCCAAGUAGGACCAGGGCCUGGGCCCAUGCCUUCCAUGUCUUCAGUUGGUCCUAGUCCAUGGGAAGGGAUGCGGCCUCCCUGGCCACCGGAGCAUGGGCCGCAGGUCCAGGGACGCCCUGUGCCACGCUUCGGGCCAGAUGGACAAGAACUGCAAGAUCUGGAGCCUCAACCAGGACCAGUUGGCUCACCAGGGUUAGCACCCAGAGGUCCACCCCAAGGAAUGCCGCCAGGUGCUGUGUUCCUGCCAGGUUCUCACAUGGCUCCGACGAUGCCUCCGCCAGGCCCUUUGCCAGCACCCGGCUACACCAGCAUGCCGCUGAGGCCGGCGGCUCCGCAGAUCGUGAGGCACAUCCAAGCAGUACAGGACGUGGAAGUCAUGUCUGAGGCGAGUCCAGAGUGGGCCGGGUUGGAUCGCUCGCCCAUGCGCCCAGGCUUCUGUGAUGUGGCAUCCGACAAGGGCAGCGUGGCCCUAGGCAGCAUGGGCAGCGUGUCUGCCUUAAGUCAAGUGGAGGAUGCGGCCAGCGAAGCGGCCAGGGCCUUGCGCGCCAUUGCAGAAGAGGCAGAGGCGAAGUAUGCGAACUUGGAGGUCUUGGCUCAUCAGGCAAGGCACGAGCAGGUCCUACUGCGCAUGGCAGAGGAACUCGUGGAUUUGCGCAUGGCGCACCAAGCCUUAGCCCAGGCGCAGGAGACGUGUAUUGCGAAGUCACCAGAGUUUCCCUAA